AUGCGAACGACUUCUAUAGUUAUCGCAUAUGAUGACACUGACAAUGUAGAUGUGUUCGCUGUGUAUGACACUGGAUCUUUCACUCAUCCAACGACAUACUCCACUGGCUUCGGUCCAAACUCUGUCGUUGUUGUUGAUCUUAAUGAUGACAACCGACUGGAUAUCGUCGUCGUUAAUGGUGGCAGCAGCAAUGUAGGUGUGCUUCUUGGAUAUGGUAAUGGUUCUUUUGCCAAACAAGUGACAUAUUCAACUGGCUUUUUACCGAGUUCUGUAGCUGUUGACGAUUUUAACAAUGACACCGUACCAGAUAUUGCCGUCGUUAAUUGGAAUCAUAACACAAUAAGUGUACUUCUUGGAUAUGGCAAUGGCUCUUUUGCAAAUCAAACAACAUAUUUCACUGGCUCUGGUCCAAGGUUUAUAGCCGUUGGUGAUUUUAAUAACGACUACCGACAGGAUGUCAUCGUCACUAAUUAUGCUAGUAACACUGUAAGUCUACUUCUUGGAUAUGGCAAUGGGUCUUUUGCAAAUCAAAUAACAUAUUUCACUGGUUCUGGCCCAAAUCCUAUAGCUGUUGGUGACUUUAACAAAGACACUCGACUAGAUAUCAUUGUCGCCAAUGAUGGUGACAACACUGUAAGUGUGUUUCUCGGAUAUGGAAAUGGUUCUUUCGCAAAUCAAACAACUUAUUCAACCGGUGAUGGGCCAAGCUCUGUAGUUGUUGGCGAUCUUAAUAACGAUACCCGACUGGAUCUUGUCGUCACUAAUGUUCGUAGUGACAGUGUAAGCGUACUUCUUGGAUACGGCGAUGGAUCUUUUGAAAAACAAAAGAUAUAUUCAAGUGGUAAUGGACCAACCUCUGUAGCUGUUGACGAUCUUAACAACGACACCCGACUGGAUCUUGCUGUCACUAAUGGUCGUAGUAAUAGUCUAAGCGUAUUUCUCGGAUAUGGCAAUGGUUCUUUCGCAAAUCAAACGACAUAUCCAAUUGGCUCCUAUCCACAAUCUAUAGCUAUUGGUGACUUUAACAGCGAUGCCAGACUGGAUAUCGUAGUCGUUGAUUUGAAUGACAACAAUAUUGGUGUACUUCUUGGAUAUCCCAAUGAUGCUUUCGUAAAGCAAAUGAGGCUGAUGACUGGCAAUGGAUCGCGACCUAAGUCAUUGGCCGUUGGGGAUCUUAACAAUGAUGGUGAAACAGACAUUGUCGUCGCAAAUUCAGGCGUUAACAAUGUUGGAGUUUUUCUGGGAUAUGGCAAUGGUUCUUUCUCUAAUCAAAGAAUAUAUUCAACUGAUUCGUCUCCAAGUUCUAUUGUUGUUGGGGAUUUCAACAACGAUAGUAUACUUGAUUUGGUCGUCGCUAAUAAUGGCAAUGACAGCGUUGGUGUCUUUCUUGGAUAUGUUAAUGGCACUUAUUCAAACCAGAAAAUAUUUUCAACUGGUUAUGGCUCUCAACCGAAGGCCAUUGCCGUUGGUGAUUUCAACAACGACACUGCACUAGAUCUUAUCGUCGCUAAUUACGGAACAAACAACAUAGGCGUGUUGCUUGGAUAUGGCAAUGGGUCCUUCGCCGCUAUAACGACUUUUUCGAUCGACUAUGGCUCUCUCCCAUUCGCAGUUUGUGUUGGUGACUUUAACAAUGAUGGAAAACUGGAUUUUCUGGUCGCCAAUGAAGGUAGUGAGAAUCUGAAAGUUUUAUUACAGACUUGUUAA